AUGAAGCUGGAAGCCUACCCCAGGGACUUGAAUGACCUCGAGGGUGUGGAGGGAGAUGUGCGAACGUUGAGCAACCUUUUUGAUGGGGUUGGCUGCACAGUUGACGACGAGCACAUGUGGCUUACGCCCUUUCUGAAGGCUGCCCCUGAGAUUCAGGAUGGAGACCCAAGUGACGCGAACCAACGCAACUACCUCCGCAUCACUUUCAGUGCAGCCCGCGAGGUUGCUGGGUUCAACAUCUGGAAUUACAACAAGAAUCUGGAGGACUCCCUCGCUUUGGAAGCGUUGAAGCCACGAAGUGACGUACAUCCUGGUCCAAGAAGAAAUGAGCCUGCUUUUGCAUUUACAAUGUCUAAUGCCUUCAUUCGUGAAGUUGAUAUCAAACAUUAUCGAACUGUGUUUACAUUGCAGGUAAAAAUUGGCUUUGCGUGCGACUGGUGUCGGAGAGCAAAUCGCUGA